GCGAAAAAAAAUUAAACAAUGUGUGACGUGUCGUGACACAUUAGCAUUACAAAUAUACCCGAUUAAGCAGCUGACGCGUGCAAGCCCCGUCUGAGGUUACCCACCGCCUCUUCGAGAUCGCUCUGAGUCUCAACAUCCUUUCAUCACCAUCCACCCCAGCCACCCCACACAAAUUAACUGUGGCUCCGUGGAUCCCACGUCUUCUGUGAACUCUUCGUGAAAAUGAAGAUUCUUCACAAAUCUAAGAGGGCGGUGCCGCCGCCGCCUCCUGUAGCAGAGCUUAUCGCCAAGCUUCAGAACACGCCAAAUGAAGAACUUCCCAAAACAUUAGGAGACAUUGUCGUCUGGAAGUGGCAGCGUUCAGACUUGAACGCUUGGAUAAAGGUCUUGAACAAGUUUGACGCCAUUCUGGAGGAGUUGAUUCGCGAUUACACUAUCGACAUGCUUCAGAUAUCACCUUUCACGCCAGAGAGCCGCAGUUUACUCGCAGAGAUACUGAGGUUUGAGCGCCUAUUGCUAGAGAAUUCAACAAACCGAAAGAUGUUCAAUUCUUACGAUCGCCUCAACAGUCUCCUUUUUACGUCUGAUCUGGAUAUCCUCAUCCUCACUCUCAAGCUGGUGCUGCGACCGUCGCAGCAGUAUUCAGCUCAACCAUCUGUUUCACAAGCGCUCAAUAUUUCGACACCACGACUUCAAUCACUUGCAAAGCGCUGGCCUCAUCUUAGGGAGUAUGGAGUAGGCCUUGUCGAUCUCUCGGUCGGCAAGGAUUCUUCAGAUGUUGAAGCCCUUCCCGUGGAGGCCCGGGAAGUACACUUCACAUACUACAGGACCGAUGCCGGUUCUAGCAGUGAGAAAAUGUUCAAGAAGCAUCUAGCUUCGCAGGCGAAGACUGCGCCACCUGGAGCGGUCAGCAUUCACAUCGAUGAGUCAACAUUACAGUCCAAACCGGAGAUGGAGAUUUUGGCCGAUGCAAUCGAGAAUUACUCGGUACCGGAUUCCGAGAAAUUUGAGCUACUCUGUCGGAUCCGUGCUGCUGUGGUACUGAUGAAGGGGAAAGAAGAUGAUAGAGAGAAACUGGUGAUCAUUCGACUCCUGGCCAUAGCCAUCUUUGGCCAUACACAUCCAGAAGCUCAAGCAACAUCCUCUAUUUUCCUCUACGAACCCGACUUGAUUACUCAUGUCGCUGAGUUACUCCAAGUUGACAAGGACAUCCCAAUCGCUGUUCAGACCGCCGCUAUAUCUGCACUCGACGCGCUCGCGAGAUACCGGUCAAAGAUCCAGGAGGUUUUGACAUCAGUGAAUGCUGGGGUCAACCAUGGUAUCCUGAUGGGUCUGUUGCGCAAGACUGUGGCCGAUAUUGCCAACCCCGAAUCAUCUGUCCCGAACUCAUUCGCGGAAGCCUUGCUGUCUUUCAUUUUGGAAAACAGGCUUCCGAAUCGCCUGUCUGUUUUGUCGAAGACCAUGCAGUUGGUUGAUAACGUGCUAUAUAGUUUCACCAAUGCUUUCAACCUUUUCUGCACAUCGCGCGGUGUUGAUGCUCUGGUUGAGAGAAUCGAGUUUGAGAUCUCGUUCAACGUUAAGGAACAUGGAGAUCAUCAGAAGUCUCGCGAAAUAUACGGAUCUCACAGUGAAAUACCUGUUGCGCGCGCUGCAGUUCUCAAACAUAUCCUGCGGUCAAUGCAUCGCAUGAUGCAAUCCUCAGGAACAUCAGAAGGUCUCCGGGGGUUAAUUGAUACCUCCAUUCUGAAAUCCAUCAAGAAGAUAAUUGAGUAUCGCGGGCUUUUUGGUGCAAGUGUUCUGCCGAUAGCGAUCAAUAUCAUGGCAACCUUUGUGCAUAACGAACCAACGUCUCUUGCUGUGAUUCAAGAAGCUGGUUUACCAGAGGCUUUCUACAAGGCCAUCGAAUUAGGCUUGGAGCCGGCCAUCGAGGUCAUACAAGCCAUACCUAAUGCAAUCGGUGCUCUUUGCCUCAACGAAGUGGGCCAGGCUCAACUCACAGCGAGACCAAGCAUUAUUCCUUCCAUAUUCUCCAUAUUCACCUCUGAUCGUCAUUUGAAAGUCCUCCUUGAGAAAGAAAAUGCUGUUCUCAUAGGUACUGCAAUCGAUGAACUCGUUCGUCAUCAUCCUAUUCUUAAGGGACCAGUCUUCGACUCUCUACGAGCUACGCUGAGCAAAAUUGAAGACCUAGGCAAUGCCUUUGAACCGCCGGAGGAAGCGAAACAGUGGUAUAAGCUACUCGCCGUGCCUACCGUGGAGCCUUCAGACGACGACGUCCCGAUGGAGGACGUCCAAACUGCUGCCCAGGCAUCUACUUCAGCUACAAGAACGUCAGAGGACAAAAAACAUUCCUCUCCAGCCGAAGAAGGUGCACAAAAGGCUCAUGAUAAUCACAUUGUGUCAUUUAUUGACGUCUUGGGUCGUUUCCUCGAAGGUCUUUUCCAGCAUACACCACAUUGCAGAGACUUCCUUUCCUCUACUGAUGGCCUCGCCAGCUUGGGUAGACUGACGGCUCUUCCUUGUCUUCCAUACGAUUUCGCAAACAGCCUUGCGUCAGAUUCUAUGGUUCAAGUUAUGCGUACGAUGACUGAAGUAGCAACAAGCGAGACGCUUCUUCACUUGGCGAAGCUAGUCAAGGAGUCACUAGAUUUGACCCAGACCUUCUGGGGUACUUUGGAAGAUAAAUCUAAACUUCUACAAUUUGUUGACCUUACAAGUGAAGAAGAAGUAAACGCCAACUAUUAUUUCCGGAACUUGGUGACGUUGCACGUCCGCAUUACGCUUUUGUCAGAUGUUUUUGCGACGGCUGGAUACGCGCACGGGCGUGCCGCCAUCGGCCUUCUCCAGACACUGAUGAGUAACAAUGCUCCCCGAGUCGUGAAAGAUCUUGGAGCACUUCACAGGACCAGCAUUUGGGAGAACAUUGUCUUGAAAGUCGGUCUUUCUGCAAAAGGCAUUGAUGUUUUACAAACACCGUCUUUGUCGCCCCUGGAGAGAUCUCCUGAUCAACUUGCUAUCGGCUUACCUGAUACGGCCGGACCGGCACCCUCUGCCGCGACAAAUGGUACCGUUGAUGGUGCACAAUCCGGCGCUCCACCUUCUACUACCAAGGAACCCGAGAUUCCUAAAGCUGGCAGUCCUAGGGAGCACAAUGCAACGGCGCUGAAACAUUUGACUCACGGAUUACCGAGUUCUCUAGCACCAUUUUUCCAAGCUAUGGUCAAAAUGUUCCAUGCUCGAAGGACGCCCGACCCUGCGCAGAAGAAACAAAUGGCGGAAUCUUCCGCCGUUGUUGCUGACAUUCUGUUGAAGCAUUUGAAUGUCGAGAAUCUUGGCGACAAAACUUCAACCUUUGCGUACUACGCUAUCAUUCUUGGUCUAAUGACGAUGCUUCUUGUCGAUGAACGUACCACCACAAGCACUUUACAUACUGUUCAAGUUCUCGCUUUUUAUCGUGCCGGGGGUCUUGAAGCUGUCUUUGAAGUAUGUCGAUCCUUCACUUCAUCUAUCGAAUCCAUUGCGUCGAUCAAAGAGGAGGUUCGAUCGGAAGCGGAGGCAAGCGAGUUGUCCCAUGCCUAUGGUGGGCUUAAAGUAGCGCUGCAUCUGGUGCAUCCCCUCAUCUCCUCGAAACCUCUCUUUGAUUCUGGACAAACUGCUCUCCUCGUGAGUCGCGAUGUCAGGGAAAGUGAACCGGAAUAUUUCGAGCCCCAUAACUUCCUCGUUCGGCUGCGGACCGCCUGUCUGCCAUUCUUGCGUGGUAUAUGGGAAGCACCUUGGCUCAUCCAGGCGCCUCUCUUCGUCAGCAGAUUUGUGGUCCAGUCAGUCUUGGAGCUCAUCAAUGGUGACAGUGAGGAGACGAAGGGAGAAUCCGAAUUGGGCCCUCUCCCCACGGGAAUUACGCGUCCCUCAGGACUCGACGAGAAUCGUAUUCGUCAAUUGACUGAUAUGGGUUUCCCUCGAUCGGCGGCCGAACGUGCAUUGACGCGUACACACAACAAUGUCAAUGCUGCAACGGAGCUGCUUCUAGCGCAUCCGUUCCCUUUCCCACCUGAUCCAGAACCAACUGCACGACCUGCUUCCGCCGAGAUACCUGCACCUACGGCUCAAUCCGACGAUAGCAGCCCAGCGCCGGAGUCGUCUGAUGCUGCCUCCACCCCUCUCCCCGAAACGCCAACGGGAAAAACAAACGAGGAGUGGCAAAAGGAGUUGAAUGAAGCUAGAGAGCCUUUGAAGGCUGGAAUCAGUCGCCAAGCCUUGUUGCUCGUUGAUGAGCAUCUCUCGCUCAUUUUCGACCUGCAUGUGGCCUUCAUAAGGCCGUCAAGCGUGCAUCAACGAAAGGCUGUUCAAGAUCUUGUCGACGAUAUCAAAUCGUUCUCUCCAUACGCGUAUGAUGUACAGGAGCAACCACUUGCAAAUCGAUGCCGACUGCUGGCACUCGUGCUCUGUGAGACGCCUUCGUCGUUAAGCCCCGAACUUCGGACGACAUUAAUGGACAGUCUCCUGGCUCUGCUACUGUCUAAUCCCGUCAGCAUUAACCCCGAUCACCCAUCCAUUCCUCGUUGGCUUGCUGCCCAUCUACUUGUCACUGAGGCACUGUUCACUCUGGCUGAUGAGCCUCGAAGUAUCACGGUCCCCAAAGAGGGUGAACCUGUUGUUCCGGAGGGUAUCUCGACAGGACCCCCUCUGACGGAAGCCCGGACCAUUGUGUUCGAUUUCUGCAUGCGCCUACUCGCCAUUCCUGACCUCCCAAGCGAUGAGUUGCUUUCGACACUGCGGCUCCUUGUCCUGCUGACUCGUGACCAUACGGUGGCUUCGCACUUCGUGAGCCGUGACGGACUUGAUAUGCUCUUCCGGAGGCUGCGCGCUUCUGCUGUUAACGGAAGUUCCUCUUAUAUCGCGACUAUUCUUCGCCACCUCGUUGAAGACGUUUCGGUGGUCAAUAAGAUCAUGCAUCAAUCCAUCAAACGAUACUUCACUCAACUUCGUGGGCGGCUCUCGGAACCUUCCAUGUAUGUUCGCAAUUGCAGCGCAAUGGGGCUUAGGAACUCGGAGCUUUUCAUUGAAGCGACGAAGUCUUUGUGUCAACUAUCUUCCCCCUACUCCCCCAAUCCACAUUUGUCCUUGAGGGGUGACGUAGUUGACGAUAAGGCUGUGGCCAGUGUUGAUGCUGACAUGCAAGUGGAUGGACAUGCUGCUGCACAUGCAAAGCCCUCCGACUCUGCUGCCGCAACAGUUCAUUUUCUUAUUGGGGAACUCAUAGCUACGAGCCGAACGACAGUAGAGAAGGAAGAGGCUGAACAAAAGGCGAACGAUAGCACAGAGCUCUCAAGUUCGGAUGCUAAGGAUAAAACACAAUACAUGUGUUUCCUUAUGCAAUGUCUGACUGAGUUGCUCUUUUCUUACGAUGCCUGCAAGUUUGCCUUCCUGUCUUAUUCCUCCAAAAAAUCUAGAUCCCAUGGAAAAGAGGCUGUCAAUAAGUCGCGGACAGCGACGCUUAACUUCUUCCUGUCAGACCUCAUCGCAUAUGAGACUAUCAAUCCUCAGCCAGAUGCAGACUGUCGCCAACGGAUGCAAGUAUGCAAUUGGGCCAUGUCUGUUUUGGUGGCGUUAUGUGUUGAUAGUUCAUCCACACACGAGCCGAAGGAUGUCCCCUCUUCGCUUGUCUCGGUCAGGAAGACCGUCCUCGAUGCCAUUGGAAAAUCUAUCAAGGAUCUUCCAGCUUCCGACAACUUGGAGGCUCGAUAUGGCCGACUACUGGCACUGGCCGACCUUUGCCAUCGCCUAUUGACAGUUCGUUUCAACAACUCCGCUUCAAGGAAACAGCAUGAUGAAGGACCGACACAUAUGGCCAAGGUCAUGCUCGAGAAGAAUUUCGUUUCAACCCUUACGAGCGCCCUUUCAGAAGUUGAUCUCAACUACCCCAAUGUCCGCGGCCUAGUCAUAUCCAUCUUGCGUCCCUUGGAACACCUGACCAAAAUUGCCAUCAAGAUGAGCAGAACAACGAGUAAGGGUAGAGAUGUUAUUGACGAGGUGAAGGCAGAGAGUGUUGUAUCUAUGGAUUCAGAUGACUCCGAUGGACCUGAAGAGACACGCGAAGAAACUCCAGAUCUGUACAGAAACUCUGCGCUGGGUAUCUACGGCGGUGAAAUGGAGGAUGUGCAUUUCAACGGUGAGGAUGACAUACAUGAAGAUGACGAUGACGAUGAAGACGACGACGAAGAGAUGGACUUUGCUGACGAAACGGGAAGUGAAGAUACAUCGAAUACCGCUGAUGAGGGUGACGACGAUGAUCUCGAGGAGCAGGUUCCUCAUGGUGAUGGUUGGGAGCAAGACGAAGAUGAGGACGAGGAGGAUCUGGUGCACAACGAAGAUGAGGACGACAAUGACGAGGAAGACGACGAUGAAAAUGAUCGAGGGGAUGACAUCGAAGGGGCAGAAGGGGACGAGGAAAUGAUAUGGCAGGAUAUACAUGGCGUGAAUGCUGAUGCUGGUGGCGAUGAUGGUGACGACGAAGAUGAAGUAGCCGGUCCCAUCCAAAUCAUACAUGAAGAUGAUGAAGACGAGCCCGAAAUGGUCUCAGAUGAUGAGGAAUUUGGUCAAGAUAUGGAACUUGAAGGUCACGACUUCGUAGGAGACAUCUUUGGGUUUUCCGACAACAUCAAUGAUGGUGCAGGCGUGUUUGUGCCUCGGCGACAUCGAAGUUCAGCUGAUGACAAUGUUCAAGUAUUUGGACGCGCGCGCAAUGGUGCUGCACCUCCGCCUGAGGCAACUACCCAUCCUCUUCUCCUGGACGCGUCGACCGGGAACCGUUCUUUGACUUCGCAAUCCCGUCUUUCACGACAGCAACCUCGGAUUAUCGCGGACGGCAACAACGAGCUGUUGCAAACUAUCGAGCAGCUUGUUGGCGGUGGCGCCGUACAGCUCUUCCAUCAUAUCAUGACUCGAGGCCGCGGUGGAGGCGGUCCCGAAACCAUACGACUGGAUGUUCCAUCUGGAACUCUAAUGAACUUAGACCGAGGUUACCUGCAGCGCCGAGCGGGGCCGGUCAUCUCCGCCUCCGUGCGAGUGGAGCGAGGCUCACGACCGAAUCAAGGAAAUGCUAGGGAUCUGGACCCUCUAUUGACACUGCAACGGUGGACAGAGGAGGUUAAAAUCCUUCACGGCGAAUUUGUCGCUGAACGAGUAGGGAAGCUUGCGAACCAUAUCACUGUGGCACUCCUUCCUGCAGCAAUCGAAGCCGCCAAACAGGCUAAGAUUCGGGAGGAAGAAUUGGCCCGUGAACGAGAAGCACAAGCCAAAGCGGAGGCUGCCGACAAGGAAGCGAAAGAAAAGAUGGAGCAGGCCGCGAAUGAGGAGGCAGGGAAACAAACGACGCCUCCGCAAUCACAGUCCACUUCAGAGGACCUUUUCCAGAGUGUUGCUGUUCCUGUUGUUGGUCAAGAAGACCACCCGAUGGAUGAUGCGAACCCUACCAUCGACACGGACACCGAAAUGAUUGAUGGGACCACCCAGGCACCUUCUGCUCCCGAAGGGAACGCAGAUCCAGGAGACGCUUCGAGCAGUCAAGUGGAGGCGCCUGCUCGUGUGACUGUUUUGAUCAACGGGAGUGUUGUGGACAUCACCGAUACGGGCAUCGAUCCUACAUUUUUGGAAGCGCUGCCAGAUGAUAUGCGAGAAGAAGUACUCAAUCAGCAUGUCCGUGAUCAGCGCGCCGCCAGAAUCGAGAGACCUCCCGAUUCCCAAAUAAGUGCAGAAUUCCUAGACGCGCUACCUCCGGAAUUGCGCGCAGAGAUUAUUCAACAAGAGGCGGUCGAGAGAUCGCGACGACGCGCUGAAGGCGCAGAACCGCAGGCAACCGGCCCAGGACCAGUAGAUAUCGAUCCUGCUAGCUUCAUUGCCAGCCUGGAUCCUACGCUGCGUCAAGCCAUUCUAUUGGACCAAGACGAUGGGUUCAUUCAAUCGUUGCCGUCGCACAUGAUUGCGGAAGCUGGUGUGUAUCGUGAUCACCAACCUCGAAGGUUCCAUAUAGGAAGCAACUCUUCUCUUCGGCCCACAUUAGGUUCCUCCGCGCCUCGAAAGUUUUCGCCGCAGCAUGAUGCCAUCCAGUUACUCGAUCGCCAAGGCAUAGCGAUACUCGUCCGGUUGCUAUUCUUCCCGCAGGUCCUCAGAAAGAGUCUUCUGUUUAAAGUGCUCGUAAAUCUAUGCGAAAAUGCCAAAACUCGAACAGAGCUCUUCAAUCUUCUCCUGAACAUUCUUCAAGAUGGGACGGGAGAUCUCAGCGCCGUUGACAAGAGCUUUGCGCAGAUGUCAUUCCGGAAUUCAAAACCGCAGAAAGCCCUCGGAAAGCAAAAAUCAGGAUCCGAUUUCGUGACAGCUCUCACCCUCCCUAAUGUUCCCAACGAAGCAAUUCCCGAUCUAAUUGCUCAGCGUUGCCUCGAUGCUUUGGUAUAUAUCGUGACUGCCAACCAAAUGGCAUCUCUAUUCUUCCUUACUGAACACGAAGUACCGGCAGGGCUUCGAAAGGCAGCCUCGAAGAAAGGGAAAGGAAAAGAGAAACAAAUGCCACAGAGUCACUACCCCAUUGUGCUCCUCCUCGGCUUACUUGAUAGACAGUCUCUUCUUCGUACCCCAUCCAUCGUAGAAUCGGUGGUAAGCCUUCUUGCGACAGUGACGCGACCCCUUAGUAGUAUCAAGGAGAACAAGAAGCUUUCUGAUUCAGCUGCGGAACCGCAAGUUCAGCCCUCACAGUCUCAACUCUCCGAGACCGUUGAAGGCACUACUGAGGUAACUAAUCUAGCCCCUUCUGGCGCUGGAACUAGUGAGGCCAUUCCAGAACCAUCGACAUCUACAGGUGUAGGCAAGGACAAGAGUCUUUCCAUCGAGGCGGUCGAAGAGAAAAUCCUCCUUGCAAACCCCCCACAAAUACCUCAUGGCGUCCUUCGUUUCAUUGUCAACAUUCUUACUGUUGGCGAAUGUUCUGCUCGAACAUUUCAGCAGAGUUUGGCCCUCAUUCAGCAUCUGUCCAAUAUACCUGAUGCCCGUGAUGUGAUUGCUCAAGAACUGAAGUCGAAAGCUCAGGAAUUCGGACAAAAUCUUCUCGCCGACCUCGAUGAACUUGUCGCCGCAUUGUUGAGUGCUCAGGGCGACGUCAUGAUCAGCUCCGUCGCAUCCAAGUUUUCUGCCCCCUCUUCGACACAAGCGAAGCUUCUUCGCGUUCUCAAGACCAUUGACUACAUGUAUUCUCCCAGGCCAUCUGCUGCCAACGAAGGUGGCAAUGACACCGAGAAAGUGCAGAGCAUCUACGAGUCCUUCCGGUUCGCGCCUCUCUGGAAACGAUUGGGAGAUUGUUUGGCCGUCAUUGAAGAGAAGUCAGAUAUGGAGCAUGUCGCGACCGUUCUUCUGCCUCUCAUUGAGGCUUUGAUGGUAGUUUGCAAAUAUGUUGGUCCUAAGGCGUCAUCGUCUGGUACUGCUCGAGCACUACGGGCAACAUCUUCACCAAAGAGUCCCACUACACCGUCAGAAGCCAUGGAAGACCUCUUUGUCACUUUCACUGAUGCACACCGCAAAGUGCUCAAUGUCAUGGUUCGCAAUAACCCAUCCUUGAUGAGUGGCUCUUUCUCCCUUCUUGUCCACAACCCCCGCGUCCUUGACUUCGACAACAAGCGCAACUACUUCUCGCAGCAACUGCACCGUCGUCCUCACACGAGAGAUCAUCAUAGCACGCUACAGCUCAACGUUCGCCGAGCGCGGGUGUUUGAAGACAGUUUCCAGCAUCUGCAAAGGAAGACUGGAGACCAAAUCAAGUAUGGGAAGCUGAGCAUCCGGUUCUAUGAUGAGGAAGGUGUUGAUGCCGGAGGCCUUACGCGAGAAUGGUUCCAAAUUCUCGCUCGCCAGAUGUUUGAUCCCAACAAUGCCCUCUUCCAGCCUUGUGCUGCCGACAAACUUACCUAUCAACCUAACAAGAACUCGUGGGUUAACCCAGAGCACCUAUCCUUCUUCAAGUUCGUAGGGCGGGUCAUUGGGAAAGCUAUCUAUGAUGGCCGAUUGCUUGAUGCCUACUUCGCAAGGAGUCUAUACAGACAGCUUCUCGGCAAGCCGGUAGACUACAAAGAUGUUGAGUGGGUGGAUCCUGAGUAUUACAACUCUCUGUGCUGGAUUCUGGAGAAUGAUCCUACCCUCCUUGAGCUGACAUUCAGUGUCGAGGCUGACGAGUUCGGCGUUAAUCGCAUUAUUUCUUUGAAGGACGGUGGCGAAAGUAUACCGGUGACCCAAGAGAACAAGCGGGAGUUUGUCCAACUCUCCGCUCAAUACCGGUUGUAUUCUUCCAUCAAAGAGCAGAUCGAGAACCUCCUGAGCGGCUUCUACGAAAUUAUUCCAAAGGAUCUGGUCACUAUAUUCAACGAGCAAGAGCUAGAGCUUCUGAUUUCAGGUACUCCCGACAUCGAUGUUGAUGAAUGGAGAGCUGCAACAGAGUACAAUGGAUACACGAGCUCCGAUCCUAACAUUGUUUGGUGGUGGCGAGCUCUUAAGUCGUUCAACCGGGACGAGCGUGCAAAGGUCCUCAGCUUCGCAACAGGGACAUCAAGAGUUCCGCUUAACGGCUUCAACGAUCUGCAAGGGGUCCAAGGGGUCCAAAAGUUCUCAAUCCAUCGCGCAUACGGAGAAUCAGACCGGUUACCGCAGGCGCACACAUGCUUUAACCAGAUUGAUCUUCCGCAAUACUCAUCGUAUGAGAUGCUUCGACAACAAGUGCUGCUGGCAAUUAGUGAAGGAGGAGAAGGAUUCGGAUUUGUAUAAUGUUCACGACUAAGAGAGAGAAAUAAAAGCAGAUAUCAUUACUCACCAUCCUGUAGCUCAUUCAUCUCAUUGUAUAUACACACUCGCAUUGUUCAAUGUAACGCUUUCUAUUGACGCUUU